UAUUAAAAAUAAAUAAAUAAAAAUAUAAAAUUACACGCUCCCCAAACCCAAACCCAAGCCAACCUCGACAAGGCCACAGCUCAAGCUCAAGCUCCAGAGUUUCCUCUUUUCCUUCUCCAAGUCUCUCUGUUUGUCAGCUGUUGGAGCUUUCUUCCCAUUUUUUUAUUUUUUUUUUUCACUUAUUUUGCAUUAAUUAAUUUUAUUAAAUUAAUUAUAUUUAUUUAAUAUAUCGUUGUCUUCACACACUAUUUCUCUGUGCUAAUUCCUGCUGAUGAUUCCAACUGCCAAAUUUUCUUCACUUUCUGAUCUACUACCUCUCGUUCUUGGGUUUUUCUUCCUAAGCAUAUAGAAACAUGUAUGUGCAAGAGUUUGCUGUGGAUUUGUUCUCUUCCUCUGAAGAUUAGGAGCAACAGAGUCAAACUCUUUCUUUUUGAGCUGGAUUUGAAAUGUCAGGCCUAGACGGAUUGAGUGGUCAUGAUGAAAUUAGAGAAAGAAGAUCGGAUUUUGAGAAUUCAGAAGAUGAGAGAAGGCGUUCAAAGAUUGGCAAUCUCAAGAAGAAGGCAAUCAGUGCUUCUAAUAAGUUCACUCAUUCUCUUAAAAAGAGAGGAAAAAGAAAAAUUGACUACAGGGUUCCUCCAGUUUCCAUAGAAGAUGUACGGGAUGCAAAAGAGGAGAGUGCUGUUCUAGAAUUUCGGCAGGCACUUCUCGACAGGGAUUUGUUGCCGCCUAGGCAUGAUGACUACCAUACUUUGUUAAGAUUUUUGAAAGCUAGGGAUUUUAGCAUUGAAAAAACAAUCCAGAUGUGGGAAGAAAUGCUUAAUUGGAGAAAAGAGUUCGGAACAGACACCAUUCUGGAGGAUUUCAAAUUUGAAGAGCUGGAAGAAGUCUUGCAGUAUUACCCUCAAGGGUACCACGGGGUUGACAAGGAAGGCAGGCCAGUUUAUAUUGAAAGGUUGGGGAAAGCUCAUCCAAGUAGGCUUAUGCAAAUAACCUCAAUAGAAAGAUAUUUAAAGUAUCAUGUCCAAGAGUUUGAGAAGGCUUUACAGGAGAAAUUCCCUGCUUGUACAAUUGCUGCAAAGAGACAGAUAUGUUCAACAACAACAGUAUUGGAUGUGCAAGGCUUGGGAAUUAAAAAUUUUAGUCCAACCGCUGCAAAUCUCUUGGCAGCCAUGAGCAAGAUAGACAACAAUUACUACCCUGAGACACUACAUCAUAUGUAUAUUGUCAAUGCUGGUCCUGCUUUUAAGAAGAUGCUUUGGCCUGCUGCACAGAAAUUUCUUGAUGCUAAGACAAUUGCAAAGAUACAUGUCCUGGAACCAAAAUCCCUUCACAAACUACUUGAAGUUAUUGACACAAGUCAGUUGCCAGAAUUUCUGGGUGGAUCGUGCACAUGUCCUUGUGAAGGAGGUUGCCUUAGAUCCAAUAAGGGUCCAUGGAAUGAUCCUGAAGUAAUGAAACUUGUACAUAAUGCUGAAGCAACAUUUGUGAGGCAAAUCACUAGAGUGUCUGAUGAUCAGCAGAAAUUUAACUCAUAUAUUCAGAUACGUCCACUGAAGGGAAGAAGCAGCGAUACGUCAACAGCAGAAUCAGGGUCCGAUAUUGAUGAUCCUUGUUCUCCAUUAGGACAAAGGAGUUUUGCAUUUCCUCGCUUGGCGCCUGUCCAUGAGGAAGUCGGGACAACAGACCCAAAUGCCUAUUUUAGCUGUGAUGAUCAUUUUCCUAUUGUUGAGAAAGCUGUUAGCAAUGAUCAAGAGCUGCAUAAUUUUCAGGAUCAAUCAAUUAUAAAAGAUAGGCCGGUGAAUAUUUCUCACGAUGCAAUAUCACCAGAAGGUGGUUCAAUUAGCCAAUGGCUCAGCAUAAUUAAGGAAAAAUUUGAAAAGCGGGAUAUUCGUCGUGUGGCAAGAGUGCUAAUGUCUCUUCUAGUCAAACUGUUUGCAGUUUUUCGUAGUCUACGCAUUGAAUCUUGGAGAAGGCAGAAUAACAUUUACCCAUCUCAUUCAGAGGAACAAAACUUGAACAUCCACUCACCAACAGCUGAAGCUGUGAGUGAAGUAGACUGCAUCCUUCCAUGCAUACAGCGUCUUCAAAGAUUGGAAAAAGUUUUCGAGGAAAUUAGCAAUAAACCUGCUAAAAUUCCUUUGGAAAAGGAUAAAAUUCUCAUGGAAUCAUUGGAAAGGAUCAAGUCUGUUGAGUUUGACCUUGAGAAGACAAAGAGAGUAGUUCAUGCUACAGUGGUAAAACAACUUGAGAUUGCUCAGUUGUUGGAGAAUUUACGGGAGUCUGGAUAUCAACAGCGAAGACCCUGCUGUUGAAUACACAAAAAGCUGGAACAACCGGGUAUAUAGGGAGGUACAUUCAACCGAAGAUGUGAUUCUGGGGGCCACCAUUUCUAGUUGCUGAUACUUGGAGGAACACAGGAAGAUCAAAAAUUUUUCUUUUUUCUUUUUUCGUUUUUGGCUCAUAAAAUGUUCCUCUAAUACCGAGUAGUCCAAGUGUGUUAAGUUUUAUGGACCGUAACCGUACAUAGCCUUGAAAAUCUGUAGAGAAAAAAAAAUGUUAAAUGGAAUACUUUUCACUUCA